UUAAGGUCAAGUUCAGAUAACAGCAAUCGGUCGACGUUAUACUUUUUGGACAGUAAACAUUUUAUUGAAACAGUAUAUCUGCAUCCAAGAUGACUGCUCAGGGACCAGCUAUAGACACGAGCCCAAUCACGCUGACUAGAUUCCUCCUGGAGGAACAGCGAAAGGUUGUAGGGGCUACUGGAGAUUUCACUGCGUUGAUGAAUUCCGUGCAGACCGCUGUGAAAGCCGUGUCAUCAGCAGUUAGGAAGGCUGGGAUUCACAAAUUGUACGGUAUUUCUGGUGUUACCAACGUGACCGGAGAUGAGCAGAAGAAGCUAGACGUUCUUGCCAAUGACCUCUUCAUCAACAUGUUCAAAUCCUCAUUCCUGACAUGCCUUAUGGUCUCCGAGGAGAAUGACAAUGCAAUUAUUGUCGAAUCAAAAUAUCAGAACAAUGGACCAGCCGGAGAGAGUAGCGGAAAAUAUAUGGUAGUCUUUGACCCGCUAGAUGGUUCAUCCAACAUAGAUUGUCUGGUCUCUAUUGGUACAAUAUUUGGAAUAUACAGAUAUGAAGGUAAAGGUCAGCCUGAAGAAAAGGAUGUUCUGCUGCCAGGUAACAAGUUAGUGUGUGCAGGCUAUGCAUUGUAUGGCAGUGCUACAAUGAUUGUGUUAUCUACUGGAGAUGGUGUAAACUCAUUUAUGUUGGAUCCUGCUAUUGGAGAAUUUCUGUUGACUCAGCGUAAACUGAAAAUUCCGUCACGCGGGAAGAUUUACUCAUUGAAUGAAGGUUAUGAAGCCACAUGGAAUGAACCAACCAAGGAAUACAUUAAAAGCAAAAAAUACCCAACAACAGGGAAACCGUAUGCUGGUAGAUAUAUUGGAUCAAUGGUAGCAGAUGUACAUAGAACUCUUCUCUAUGGUGGAAUCUUCAUGUACCCUGCAACGAAAGAGGCUCCCAAAGGAAAGUUGAGGUUGUUAUAUGAAUCAAGCCCGAUGUCUUACAUUAUGGAGCAGGCUGGUGGUCUUGCUACAACAGGUACACAGCGUAUCCUUGACCUUCAACCAACAGAUAUACAUGAAAGGUGUCCUGUCUACAUGGGAUCUAGAGAUGAUGUGCAGGAUGUACUUGAUACAUACAAAAAGCAUGAAAAGUAGAGUUCAUAUUUUUAAUCGAAGGACAUGUAUGGAGGAGUUUUUGUUUAAAUUGGAGAACAUGUUCGGAUGAGGUUUAUUAUAUCGGACUAAAUGUAUAUAUUUACUGUGUUUGUGCUAUUAUAUGAUAUACUGUUUAUGAGUGAAAGGGAUUUGAUACUGUUAAUGAAUAUACGCAAAACAAAAACUAUGUUCAGAAUGAAAUUUAUCUGGUGAAAGUGACAUAUACUUAACAAAAUUUUGAUCUCUUGAAUACAUGACUGUGUAAGCAAAGUUAGUUUAUACAUAAUAGUAUAUGAGGGGACAAAACUGUUGCAUUUAUAACAUUAUGGUUGUAUUUUAUAUUUUAUUUGCCAGUUGCUAUAAUUACUACUGAUAAAUAUAAACACUGUUACUGUCUAGAAAAGACACAAACUUCUAUCAUAAUCUGACAAAUCUCAAUUAUAUAUCAAGUCAAUAAUAGAAGCAGGCAUUUAAAGAAACUUAAAAGAAAGAAUAGAAUUUUUUUCUUGUUAUUUACACACUUUAUUUACGAAUUUAAUAUGCUGCUGAGACGCUAUAAAAUUGGAAAGAUAUUUUUAAUGUUACAGCUCAAUGAACAAAAUGUCAUCUUGUAUGUAUUUUCUUGUUUGCCUAAUGAUUUCAAAUUAUUUCGAGACAUUACCAUAGAUCCUCUAUGUCUAAAUAGAGAUAACACCAGGAAGGCUUCAUGUAUAUAACUGUAUCUUUCAAAAUCUUACUUCAUCAGGGAUUUCACUAGCCAAAGACUUCAUUAUUUGAGCCGUGCCAUGGGAAAACCAACAUAGUGGCUUUGCGACCAGCAUGGAUCCAGACCAGCCAGCGCAUCUGCGCAGUCUGGUCAGGAUCCAUGCUGUUCGCUAACGGUUUGUCUAAUUGCAGUAGGCUUUAAAAGCGAACAGCAUGGAUCCUGACCAGACUGCGCGUCCGCGCAGUCUAGUCUGGAUCCAUGCUGGUCGCAAACCCACUAUGUUGGUUUUCUCAUGGCAUGGCUCAUUUAUUAAAUUUGACCUUUAAACAGCAGUUAUUUCUUGAAAUGAUUUAUGUGCUGAUCUGUUGCCUUGUUUGGGCUUUUUUUUCCCACAGUUUUCGAUCCAGUUCUUUUAUUUAUACUUUUCUCCAUUUGUCUUUUAUACUGGCUUUUUUUUUACACUUUUUAUGUAUCUUUGGAGUUAACUGACUGACAUCUUAUACUGUGAAAUGGUUAAUAUUCAAUAGGGAUUAGUUUUUGUUUAUUUCGUGGUUGUAACAACCCCAAAAAAUUGAAACCAAAGAACAGUCUUUCUAUAAAUCUUAUCUAGACAAUUGGAAAUCGCAGAAUUCAUGCUUGACAUGGAAUAGCUGGGGUUUUUUUUCUCCAGAACAGCAAACUUUUACGUCAGAGACAAUGAGACAUUGAAACAAAUUGAGAGAACUUAAAGUACAUGUACUUGUAAUGCAAAAAUGUUCUCUAAUACAGGUAAGGAAGUAUACAUAUAAUUAUGUGCCAUAAAUUAUUACACAUUCUAACACGAUCCGAUUCAUUUUCCUAUUAAACAAAGAAGGAAGAAAGCAAUGAAUUAUCAUACAACAAAUCACUGUUCUGACGUCACAUUUAUUACGUCACGGCGUCUACAGCGGCAUAGCGGCGCGCUGGAAAAGAAACCGAUUGAAAACGGGCAAAUAUUUAAUGCAUGUCAUCAAGGAUGUACUUUAAAAUCCUUUAUAACGUGUUAGAAUCGAAAUAAUAUAUCUCAUCCAGUGAUUUGUCGUUGAAUAAAUCACUGCUUGUCGUUCAGAUGCGUAUUAUUAUAUCACUCGGGCUACGCCCUCGUGAUAUAAUUCCUUCGCAUCUGAACUCCAAGCAGUGAUUUAUUCAACGACAAAUCACUGGAUGAGAUAUAUUAUUUCUUAAAUAGUUGUGCAUAAAAUAAUAAAUGAUGCUGUAGGAAAACGUGCUAUGUUUGCAGUGUACAUUUUCAGCUUAACUAUUUGAAGAAUAGAUAGAGCUAUUGGACUCGUCAAUUCUAAGGCAUCGGCAUCCCAGUUUGGUUGUUUUUGUAUGUAAGCUGGUAUCUCUGUAACCACUAAUUGGAAUGGUUUGAAACUUCACACACUUGUUUCACUAUGGUCUGACAUGCAUUAUACAGAUUUGAGCCGUGCCAUGAGAAAACCAACAUAGUGGCUUUGCGACCAGCAUGGAUCCAGACCAGCCUGCGCAUCCACGCAGUCUGGUCAGGAUCCAUGCUGUUCGCUUUUAAAGCCUAUUGGAAUUGGAGAAACUGUUAGCGAACAGCAUGGAUCCUGACUAGACUGCGCGGAUGCGCAGGCUGGUUUGGAUCCAUGCUGGUCGCAAAGCCACUGUUGGUUUUCUCAUGGCACGGCUCAUUUCAUAAAUCUGUUUUGCAUUUUUACCAAAUUAUGCCCCUUUUUCAACUUUUAUAUUCAUUCAGCUGACAAGGUUGUUGAAUAGUCGAGUAUUGCUGUCUUUUGACAGCUCUUGUUGUAUUUCUAAUAGAUUAUUAAAGAUAUUUAUAAUAAAAAAUGCAAGAAAACAUUUUUUCUAGAUUAAAAGGGGUAUACCUCCAGACUGUCUAAGGAAUUUAGCAGUGCUUUUUUUUGUAAGAAUUUUUCCCCCAUUGAUUUCUAGUCAGUGUGUGUUUAUAAAAACUGAAAAAUAUGUACAGAAGCUUUCAAAAGGGUAAGUUAGGCAACAGAAUAAUUAUGUGAAAUAGAUGCUGCUUUUAUUUAAAACAGAAGAACUUAUCAAUGUACGUUUUAUCAUACUAAAAAAAUAUCAGCUUAAAAGUUACCGACUUUUGAUUUCAAAAUUACGUAUACAUUGCUAUAAUUCUAUGUCUUCAAAAGUUAAAUUUUUGUUCACUUGGAGGUAUGCUCCUUUAACCCUUAGCCUGCUAAAUUUCUAAAAUGGACUGGUCCAUCAUUCAAUUUGGGCAAUACCAUUUAUUAUUCAAAGGGGUGUUCACUGAAAAUUUACUGACUGAAUAGCGAACAGUGCAGACCAUGAUCAGACUGCACGGAUGUGCAGGCUGAUCUUGGUCUGCACUGGUAGCAAAGGCAGAUACAAUUGCCGCCAGCAGGCUAAAGGUUAAAGGUUAGUGUAUAUAUUUUGUACUAUAUAUAUAUUCAAGAAUGUACAAUUAAAAUGCAUUAUAAAUAUUGCUAAGCAAUAACUGAAUUGUUUACAACAUUUAAAUUAAAAACGCCCAAGUUUUAUAUAUAAAGAAUUUCUGUCUGUUGUAAUGCCUGAAAAUUUAAAUGUUGCCAGCUGCAUAAAAGGGACAUAAAAUAUCUCGGUGCAAACAAUUCAAAAAAUGUAAAUAUCGAUACAAAAUAUCUAAGAAGGUGACAUUGCUGUGUAAAUUUCACACAAUGAAGUAAAUUAUUCCAAAAAAAAAGUUUAGUUAUUUGACUUAUUUCUAUAAGAAAAGAAUUGAUUGGUACUAGUGUUUUACAAAUUUAAAACUUCACAAGGUUGGAAAAAGUUUGCAGAAUCAGUUCUGCUGUUUGACACAGAGAAAAAAAAUCAUUUUUAUAUCCUCCGAGAACUGCACAUAAAAUAUGAGGCAUGUGAAAUGUCAUUGAAUAUUUUUGUUUAUUAGUGAUAGUUUGUUGAAGAGCUUUUGAGAAAAACAUUCUUCUUUUUAUCAGUACUUACUUGAAAGUUUGAUUUAAAAUUCCAUUUCCGUUUCUUAGGUCUGUUGUAAAGAAAAACAAGCCUUUAUAGUCUGCUUAAAUCGAUAGAUAGGUUCCGAUAGGUCUUAAACAUGAUUAUACAAUGAUUGCCAGUAAGUGCAUGAGCGCCAGUGUUAGGAUUUAUCAACCUGGGAAAAGUUAUAUCGACCUUGGGUCUAUGCCUCGGUCAAUAGUGAUAUUGACUGAGAGUGAAGCCUGUGGUCGAUGUUGAUAAAUUCUCAUAUUAACCAAAUCUGUAAGGCAAUAGUCGUUUUAUUAUUUAAUCCAAUAACUCAAAAGAGUUGAAAACAUUUGUAGCAGUUGCUAUUUAAUUGUAUAUGACUAUUUUAGUUAUCACUGUUUUAGGGAGGUACGAAAGUUUAGGUCAGUAUGACUUUUUGUCACAAAACAUGACUAUGUUUCGACCAGUAGCAAUGAAUGUAAAGAUAGAUUCAAUAUAAUUAAAAUACUAAGUAUCUGUUUAGAUAAAUGUUCACAAUGGGAAUACUGUGGUUUGUAGUUAAUGUACUCGGAAAAAUACAUGUCACAUUGACAAUCAAAA